AUGUCUUCUCGCUUCUCGCCUGCGUCGGAUCUCGCCCGCCCGUCUGAGACCGGUCCGGAUUCCAGGGUUAAUGUCCCUGUCAACACCAGCUCGACCUUUGUCGCCUCGCUUGGUUCCCUCGCCCUUCGGUUCGUUGCUUCGGCCGCGUCCUACCUCCGCCCUCUUGUCGCUUCCUCUUGGGAACGGAUCAAGUAA